AUGGCGAUGGACAUCACACUGCUGUUCCGGGCCAGCGUCAAGACCGUGAAGAUGCGCAACAAAGCCCUGGGAGUGGCGGUGGGCAGCGGGGUCGAGGGCAGCCGGGAUGAGCUGUUCCACCAGAGCCCCCGGCCUAAGGGCAACUUCUCCAGCUGGGCGCAUGAAGUGAUUUCACACAUUGGCAAACUGAGAGAUUUUCUUCUCGAACACAGGAAAGAUUAUAUUAAUGCUUAUAGCCAUGUCAUGUCUGAAUAUGGGAGAAUGACAGACACAGAACGAGACCAGACAGACCAGGAUGCUCAGACAUUCAUGAGGACCUGCUCAGAAGAGAUCCAGCAACUGAGAACACACGCCCACAAGGAGAUACAUUCCCAGCAAGUGAAGGAGCAUAGGAGUGCUGUUUUGGAUUUCAUUGAAGAUUACUUAAAAAGAGUAUGUAAACUUUACUCAGAACAGAGAGCCAUCCGAGUUAAGUGAGUGAUGGACAAGAAAAGAUUAUCUAAGCUGGAACCAGAACCAAAUACAAAGACAAGACAAUCCAUAUCUUCUGAGAAAGUUUCACAGAAUCCUUCAAAAGACUCUGAAGAAAGACCUGUCACUGAAGAAUUUCCAGAAAAGAUUCCAGCCGAAGCACAACCUGAAUUGGGAACCUGGGGAGAUGGGAAAGGUGGAGAUGAAUUAUCCCCAGAAGAAAUACAAAUGUUCGAACAAGAAAAUCAGCGCCUGAUUGGUGAAAUAAAUAGCCUGUUUGACGAAGUGAGGCAAAUCGAAGGGAAAGUGGUUGAAAUUUCCAGACUCCAAGAGAUAUUCACAGAGAAGGUUUUACAACAAGAAGCUGAGAUUGACAAUAUUCACCAAUUAGUAGUAGGAGCAACUGAGAAUAUCAAGGAGGGCAAUGAAGACAUCAGAGAGGCCAUCAAGAACAACGCUGGCUUCCGCGUGUGGGUGCUCUUCUUCCUGGUGAUGUGCUCCUUCUCCCUGCUCUUCCUUGACUGCUACGACAGCUAG